AUGUCCUUUGCUUUGUCCUCUUUGGUGUCUGUUUUAGAGGAGCAAUUGGAGAUUCUUAACGAGGAGGAGCUCGCUUUGAUCACGAGGAGGUUCAUGCGCUUCAACGACAACCGCAAGAACCAACGAAGGAACAACAACAACUGCUUUGAGUGUGGCAAGUCAGGUCACUUCACCGCCGACAGCCCCGAUAAGAACAAGUCCAAGAACAACGGGUACGACUACAAUAAGUACAAGAACAAGGACGGCACCAAGAAGAAGAAGAAGUACACCGAUCGUGAGAAGAAGGAGCACUGUAAGAAGGCCAAAGCGCACACCUUCAUCGCCUUCCUCAGCGACGUCGACUCCAACAUCGACGUCCACACCGACUCUAGCCGAAGUGAGGAGUACGACAACCGCAAGGCGAAGAAGAAGGAUGGCAAGAACUUCAACAGCCUUUGCUUUUACUCCGGCAUGAACCGCGAUGGGUACUGCGUCAUGGCCCUCAACGCUGACAGCAAGAAGGAUGGCAAGGAAAGCAACUCCGACACAGAAACAGAGGAGUUUAAAAGGGUUGAUGGUUUUGGGAUUGGGAAUGUGACCAAGCAGUGCAGAUUUGAUGGGUUGCAUGAAAAGAUUUUUGAUGGGCUGUAUGAGAAGGUCGGAGGCCUAAAGAACACGUGGCUUAUUGACUCCGGUUGUUCUCGACACAUGACUGGUGAUCACAGAUGGUUCUCCAGCCUUACCCCGGUGAUGACCAGAGAGUACAUCACUUUCGGGGAUAAUAGCAAGGGAAAGGUAUUGUCUGAGGGUGUCAUUAAGUGUUUAGUUGCUGGUUCUUCUUCUGAGCUUUGGAAGUGGUACAGGAGAUUAGGUCAUUUGAGUUUUGAUUUGCUUUCCCGCUUGAGUGCUCUUGAUCUUAUUCGAGGAUUGCCUAAGCUCAAGUUUGAGAAAGAUCUUGGUGAACAUGAAAUGGGGCAAAGCAUCUUUGAGGGAGAGGAAGAGCAUGUUGAUAAUGGUGAUGAAGAAGAUGAUGAGAUUGACCAUGCUCCAGCUGUUGCACUUGUGUAG